AUGAAGUUCUUCGAAAGCACCUUCAACUACGAUUACUCUUUUCCCGCUGUCUCACUUGCCUACUUCCUCCGUUAUCCGAACCCUUACUCCCGCCAUGUCCUGACCACCGAUGUCAUCGAUCGCUAUGUCGACCCUGUCACAGAGCGCUUGCAUACCACCAGGCUGCUUCUUAAAAAAUCCAAGAUCCCCUCGGCCAUGCUGAAGUUACUACCCAAGGGAAUUGGCGGCAGCGAGAACUCAGGCCAGAGCUUCAUCCUCGAGACCACCGUUGUAGACGUGAAAGAAGGCUGGAUGCAUACAGAAUCUCGUAAUAUGGAAUGGACGGGCAUCCUCAGCGUCGUGGAAAAGCAACUAUAUCGACGCCUCCCUCCUUCCUCGGACAACAGUAAUCCCAAACCACGGACAUGGUGGUCAGGCUCGUCCAUUGACGAACCUAAAGACGAGAGGACAAGCGUGAAAACCACAGUUACGUUUCGGUCAAGUCUGGGGCAAGCGGUGCUCAAUCGCUCCAAGAAGUUCGAUGCUUCAUCAGCGGGCGAACACGGCGACGACGAGUCUCACAGCAAACGAAGCCUUCUCGCAUCAUGGUCCACGGCCGGAAUCCAGCGCACAAUUGAGCUCGUGGGCGUGAAGCGAACGCGAGAUGCUGUUCUGAAGAGCAAACAAGGAAUGAACGUGGUUUUGGAGCGGUUAAGGAAUGGCGGAAUCGUCGGAGUCCUCGAAGGGAUGCAACAGGAUCGUGAAGCGGGACAUGAAGGGCCGUGGAAACGUGUUUGGAUGCAUGGCGCUCACGGUCACCACCACGAACAUCCCCAUUCUCACAGCCAUGCUGAUGACGAUGCUUAA